CGCGCCGGCGCGAUGGCGAUGCUCCGCGCGGUCCUCGACGGCUGCAGCACGACCGGCCGGUCGAUGCUCCCCGCCCUCGGCGCCUCGCUCUCGCCGUGGUCGAUCUUCGUCCAAUCGCGCGGCGCGAAGUCCGCGGGACGCACCGUCGAGAUUUGCCUCCUCCAGGACGUCGAAGGCCUCGGACGCGACGGCGAGGUCGUGUCCGUGAAACCCGGCCGCGCGAGGAACCACCUCGUGCCGUACAAGUUCGCCGCGUACUCGAGCCCGGAGCGUCUCGCGGAGGCGGCGAAGAAGCGCGAGAGCUGGGACGUGCGCGAGACGGUCGACGACGCCGCCGGCGUCGAUCCCGCGGUUAAGGAAGCGGAGACGUGCAUAAAGAUCCUGACGAACUCGACGCUCGUCGUGAAGAGGAUAGUGGACAAGACCACGAACCAGCCGAGGGUGCCGGUCACCGCGGAACUCAUCGUCAAGGAGGUGUUGCGGCAGCGCAAGCUCGAGAUCGACCCGCGGUCGGUGCUUCUGAAGGCGCCGAUUAAGACGUACGGGACGCACCGGGUGCCGCUGUCGUUCGCGCCGCCGCACGAGGACGUCAAGCCGCUCACGCUGAGCGUCGUCAAGCGGUUCCACAAGGGGUGAGUGAGGACGAGGGCGACGAUGAAGACGCGAUGAAGGGGCGGAGUCGGUGGGGUGGGGGUAGGAGCCGGGCGGGGGGGC